CUAUUCCAGAGGCGGCCCACCAGCGAGGAGGACAGGGUGGGGAUGUCCCCUGCAGACGCCAGCUCCGGGUCGUCACGGGAGGGGCCCACUGCUCGGCCGGCCACCUGCCGCGCCUCACCGCUCCUGGAUGCAUCGGCCAGCCGGACCUCAUCUCCGCGGCCACCCGCCCCCGCCCGCGGGGCGCCCCUGCCACACCCGCCCGAACCAGCUGCUGGACAUGGGGGAGAACCACCUGGCAUUAGGGGAGAUGGGGUCCCAAGGCCACCUGCAGCCUCUGCAGGUGCACUCCGCAUGCGCCGGCUCCGUCAGCGCCGGAGCCAGGAUCGGACAGCUCUCCUCGAUCGGUUGGUGACCGUCUCCGAGGAGCAGCUCGAGGAGAGUCGGACCUGGCACCGCCGCUGGCUCCAAGAGUUCCGCAGGAUGUGGCAGGCCAUGGAGCGGUCAGAUCGUGAAGACCGUGAGGCACGGCGGGCGGAGAGUGAGGCCCACCAUGCCCUCCUGCAGAGGCUGGUGGAGGCCCUGGAGGACCAGCGUGAUGUGGUGCGACGGGCAGCGGCUGUUGCUGAGGACGACCAGCGUGUCACUGACUCUGUGCUGGCACUGGCGAUGUUUGGCUCCACACCCAGUGUCCAGGCCCCAACCUCGACCCCGGCCCCAGCUGGCCCCUGGCAGCCGCCUGCAGGCCUGCCUCAUGCCCCCCAGCUGUGGGAGAAGUUGCAUAAGAGAAAAGGAGGAAUAAGACUGUUUAAGUACAUAUACUGAAAUAUUGUCAAAGCUUUUGAACAGAAUGUAGGACACCUUUUCUCUGAUGAUCUGACACUUCCUACAAUGGGAGCAUGAAGAGUUGUUGUACGCAGAUGGACAUGUGGCAUGGUAUCAGUGAGUUCCUUAUUGGCUGUUUUCAUGACAGCAGGCUCUCCUUCUGGUCAGUCUGACUGCACAGCACUGUGUAAUAGCAUAUACACACCAUUUGUGUAAAAGUAAAGUAUAAUCAAUAAGUACAUAAAUAAAGAAAAAAU